AUGUUCCCCUUUGCUGCAUUACGCAACUGCAACGAGUUCAACUUUUGCCUGGUUUUCCCUGCGUUCUGGUAUCUCCAGAUACUGCAUAACGAACGAACUACCCACUACGGCACCCUCGUGGACACUACAUUUAGCGUUCCGACCUCACUGAUAGCGCCCACGCCAGUUCCAGAGCCCCGCGGUGAGGAGCCCAUCGACCAGACAACGCAAACCAAAGGCGCUGAAGUCGGUUCACCUCCCACCAUCGUAUCUGAUGAUGCAACGUCGGAGUUCACUGCUGCCUCUCCCCUACUCAGUCACGAACAGCCAACGACGACACCCGGAACCCCUCACGUUGUUGCCUUCCAAGAACGCACCAGUAUUCCGAAUGCCACUUCAGCAGAGGUUCCGACUACAGACUUGCACGUGGAAGAUCCCCUGCUGCGUAGGCUUCCUGGUAAGCCUGGCCGCCCCUACGCUUCUAUGUUAAUUUCGAUCCUUCCUUUUUUUGGUUCUUUACAGGUUUCCGCUGGUAUUUGCUAG